AUAAUUUUUUAAUUUCUUGAUGAGUAAUACUUAAACUCAACCAAGUCCCGUUUCAUUUCGCCACGGGUCUUUCUCAGUCGAACGACAAACUCCGUCGGCAUGAGUUGGCGGUGGGCAGGCGCCAUUGGCGCCGCGAGGAAGAAGCUGGUCGAAGACUCCGCCUCCUCCCUCGGCGUCAAGUACGAGAGCGUCGCCCUCGUCAUCGGCGCCACCGGAAUCGUCGGUUCCUCCCUCGUCGACAUCCUCCCGCUGUCCGACACCCCCGGCGGCCCUUGGAAGGUCUACGCUGUCUCCCGCCGUCCCCCCAAUCCUGCUCUCCUCCCAGCCUCGGAAGCCGACGACGCCGCCCGGCCCGUACACUACGUCCAGUGCGAUGUCCUCGACCCCGAAGACGCCUCCGCUAAGCUCUCCCCGCUCACCGAUGUGACUCACAUCUUCUACGUCGCCUGGGCCAAUGGCACCGUCGAGGCCGAGAACUGCGCCGUCAACGCGACGAUGCUCCGUAACGUUCUUGCCGCCGUUGCCCUCUCCGUCCCCAACCUCCGUCACGUUUGUCUGCAGACGGGGCGCAAGCACUACAUCGGCCCCUUGGAAACCCUAGGCAAAGUCCCCGUUCAUGAGCCGCCGUUCAGCGAGGACCUCCCUCGUCUCCCCAUCCCCAAUUUCUACUACGACCAGGAAGACGUCCUGUUCGACGAAUUGUCCAAGAGGGAGGGCGGCGUGACCUGGUCGAUCCACCGGCCCUCCAUCAUCUUCGGCUUCUCCCCCAUCAGCCUCAUGAACCUAAUCGGCACUCUGUGCGUCUACGCGGCGAUAUGCCGGAAGGAAGGGACGCCGCUGCGGUGGCCCGGAAGCCAGAUCACAUGGGACGGGUUCAGCGACGCGUCGGACGCGGAUCUGAUCGCGGAGCAGCAGAUCUGGGCGGCCGUCGACCCCUACGCGAGGAACGAGGCGUUCAACUGCAGCAACGGGGACGCGUUCAAGUGGAAGCAUCUGUGGGCGGCGCUGGCGGAGCAGUUCGGGGUGGAGGCGGUGGGGUACCAGGAGGACGCGGAGCGGUUCACGCUGGAGGAGGCGAUGAGGGGCAAGGAGGCACUGUGGGCGGACAUCGUGGCAGAGCACGAUCUGGUGCCGACGAAGCUGGACGAGGUGGGUAUCUGGUGGUUAGCCGACGCGGCGCUAGGCCUCCCAAUGGAGAACCUCGACAGCAUGAACAAGAGCAAGGAGCACGGCUUCUUUGGUUUCCGCAACACCGUCACUUCUUUCAAUUCUUGGAUCGGGAAGAUGAGGGCCUUCAAGAUCGUCCCCUGAUUUCCGAUCUCGAUCGUCUUCCUGGCGUUGGUGUUCCUAUUUUGUCAAAUAAUGAGAAGUGUAAUGUAAUCGUCAAGUUCAUCGUACCUUGUUUUUAUAUUUGAUCGUUGUCCCCCGGAAAGUCCGGUUAAGUAGAAGGGUCAAACUUACGGAUAAGAUCAAUAAAAAAAUCCUUUCCAUCUCA